CUUCCUGUCUAUGGCUGUCGUCUUCCUCCCCGCCCCUCCUACUCCUGCCCCUGUGACGAAUCUGCACUCGGUUAGAAAAAACGCCGGAAUUCUAGAAACUUUGAGGGAAAAAGGGGGCGAACUCGGUUCCAGAGACGUCCUCGCCCGGCAAUGCCGUGGCUUCAAGCCCUUUCUUCCUCCCAGGAGCUUCCUCUGGCUCUAAUCCCGAGUCCGACCUUGUGUCGAAAGUGCGACCGCGAAAGCGGCGGCGCGGUGCGAGGGGGCGGGGCCUGCGCGGGACAAAGGAAGAGGAGCCGGAGUGGCGGCCUCUUUCUAGAGCUCGGUGUCCCAAGUUCAUUGUUAAGGGACUGAGAACUUAAUCUUCCAAAAUGUCAAAAAGACCAUCUUAUGCCCCACCUCCCACCCCAGCUCCUGCAACACAAAUGCCCAGCACACCAGGGUUUGUGGGAUACAAUCCAUACAGUCAUCUGGCCUACAACAACUACAGGCUGGGAGGGAACCCGGGCACCAACAGCCGGGUCACGGCUUCCUCUGGCAUUACAAUUCCCAAACCCCCAAAGCCACCAGAUAAGCCUCUGAUGCCCUAUAUGAGAUACAGCAGAAAGGUUUGGGACCAAGUAAAGGCUUCCAACCCUGACUUAAAGUUAUGGGAGAUUGGCAAAAUUAUUGGUGGGAUGUGGCGAGACCUUACUGAUGAAGAGAAACAAGAAUAUUUGAAUGAAUACGAAGCAGAAAAGAUAGAGUAUAAUGAAUCUAUGAAGGCCUAUCAUAAUUCACCUGCAUACCUUGCUUACAUCAAUGCAAAAAGUCGAGCUGAAGCUGCAUUAGAGGAGGAAAGUCGACAGAGGCAGUCCCGAAUGGAGAAAGGAGAACCUUAUAUGAGCAUCCAACCAGCAGAGGAUCCAGAUGACUAUGAUGAUGGUUUUUCAAUGAAGCACACAGCCACUGCCCGGUUCCAGAGAAACCACCGUCUAAUCAGUGAGAUAUUAAGUGAAAGUGUGGUGCCAGAUGUUCGUUCAGUCGUUACCACAGCGAGAAUGCAGGUUCUCAAACGACAGGUUCAAUCCUUAAUGGUCCAUCAGAGAAAAUUAGAAGCUGAACUCUUACAAAUAGAAGAACGUCACCAGGAAAAGAAGAGGAAGUUCUUAGAAAGCACAGAUUCAUUUAACAACGAACUCAAGAGGUUGUGUAGCUUAAAAGUGGAGGUGGACAUGGAAAAAAUAGCAGCUGAAAUUGCCCAGGCAGAGGAACAAGCCCGAAAACGGCAGGAGGAACGAGAGAAAGAAGCAAUGGAGCAGGCAGAGCGCAGCCAAAGUGGUGUCAGUGCUGCUGCCACUGCUGCUGCUGCCGCCGCUGCUAGUAACACUGGUACCACUGAGGAUGACCAGACAGUCAGCAAAGGUGAUGAGAAGAAGGAAGAGGAAAGCACUCCAAUGGAGACAGAAGAAACACACCCAGAGGAAACUACAGAAAGUCAACAGAAUGGUGAAGAAGGAACAUCUACCCCUGAAGAUAAAGAGAGUGGCCAAGAGGGAGUAGAUAGUAUGGCAGAAGAAGGGACCAGUGACAGCAACACUGGGUCAGAAAGCAACAGUGCAACAGUGGAGGAGCCUCCAACAGACCCUACACCAGAGGACAGUGAGAAGAAAGAAUAAAUGUUAACGAAUUCCAUGUGUUUUGAAUUAUUUUUUUUAAUGAAAUACUGUUUUUGAGUUUUAA